AUGAGGCCUUGCUCAUUGUUUAGAGCACCCAAGGGCAGACGCAGCACAGAUGGUCAGGCAGCUCCAUCCAAGACCGUGUCGCCCCUAACUAGGGGUUUCUCGCGCGCGCCUACCAAAAUCUCAAAGAGUAAGGGAGGAGGGCCAAUAGGGCAACCCGCGCCAGCUCAGCCUCUGGAAUCAGCGAUCUUCGCCACCUCCCCUUCCCCGCGAAUCAGCGACACCUCCUGUGGCGAAACAAGCGCCAGCGACCGCCUCUCGUCCGGAGAAAAUUACGUGCCCGAUGGAAGGGCUGCGGCAACGCUUUCCGGCAAGGCCUUGGUCACGGAGCCUCUGGGAGGCUCCUUAUCGGCUGCUCCUCAGGACGAAGCUUCCUUUGCGUCCGAGCUGCUAGCCUGUGAGCAAACACUUGUCCUGCAAAGCAGAGUCAUUUCCGCAGAUGGGACGCCCACACGGUUUUCCGCAGGGGGCAACACCAGCGGCGGCAAUGGCAUCCGGCCUCCAGCCGCGCUCUCAUCUAAUGGAAACAGUCCAGACGGCAAAACUAGUGGCUCUACGACCUUUAACCACGGAACGCCCUCAGCAAGAACGGGUACGCUGCGGUGCACGGCCAUGGAAUCACUCGCCGAGGCGAUCUCGAGCAUCGCAACCCCCAAGCAGUCGCCUGCGCGGAGGCACCAACUCCUCGCUCAACGGCUGCACCAGCAGCAACAGCAAAAGCAUGCCCUCUCCCAAGUCAGCCGAACAGCUCAACGACAGGAUCAGAGAACUACGGAGAAAAAACAAAAAGGGCACGUGGACAUUCGCGCGUUUCCGCCCUCUCUGAAGAGUAGAAGAAUUCUCACGCGCUUGCAAGGCGCCCUCAACCCUUCGGUCAUGUACAAAUACCGGUGCUCUGCAGGGUUUGGUAUUCAGGUGCCCGUGAAUCGUCUGGAGACAUCUCCAGUAAAGCUCAGCAACUGGCGCGUCUCCUGGCAGGAACUUCUCUGCUACAAUCCAAGGCCCUAUGAUGCCACUAAGGGCUUUCUGGAAAACUACACUGUCAUUCGGGGGAUGAUGGAAACCUACAUUCACAAGCUGACAGAUAUCGUAUUUCAGGACAGGUGCACAGCUACCCAUAAAGAGCCUCACAUAUACCAUGCGUAUCUCCUGCCCCCUAUUCAUCCUCACGACUGGCUGACUGCGACUUGCAUCCAGUGCUACACCAGCGAAGACGUAUGGCUUGCCAGAGGCGCCUGGCGGCGAUCCGCCGUGCCUAAUUCAGGAUGUAUCAAGGCAGAGAGCAUGCAGCCCACAAACCCAAAAGUUAUCCCCUUCAUGCCAGCCUUGAACAGAGAAGAUCAAGCGGAGCAGCAGAGGCAGUACAGGGCGGCCACUACUGGCCGCCUGCUCGAACGUUCAGGUCCCCUCUCUCCUCUUUACGUGCACGGAACGGAAGCCAAACUGCCACUCCAUUUGUGGAUCUUUUUAGGUGGCAAGGACAUGCAAGCACUAGACGGACUUGUCAUUGCUUGGAAAAUGCUGCGUUGGGCCUCUGAAAUCCCUCCAAGUGAAUAUGUGGAGUCUUCUGAGGACAUCAAGGACACAGAUGCACCUUCAGGCUUAGAGACAGAGAAUGGCUGUCGCCCAAACGGCCUCGAGGUGUAUAGGCAGUAUCACAAGCAGCGGAGGUGCGUCACACAAGACCAAACCGCGCAGGCGGCAGCCUGGGCUCGUGGAGAGGUUCCCUCUGAAUCUGAAGGCGGAAACAAUACUUUUUCUGCCUUCGGUCCGUUCCUCUAUGACAUGUGUGGUGUUAACAAGAACAGUUAUUAUCGAAUCGCCUUCCUCAUGGUGGACAUUCCUGGAUAUGGGAACUCCACUGGCCACCCAUCUCCUUGUACAAUUAGAAGUGCUGUUUUACAGGCGGUGAAACAUGGGAUACAGGAACUCAUUGAGCAUCACCAAGAGUCAUCCAUCGUUUUGAAUAUUUUAGGCUAUUCUUUGGGCUGCGCCGUGGCCUGUUCACUUGCAGCAGACUUAGCGGCAUGCUUUUCUAACGACGCGGUGUACGCAACCCCCAGCCAGGCUGGUGGUGGUCAACAGUCGUGGACAAACAUUGCAACUAUAGACCCAGACUUGGCGCGAUCUUUGCACAUGGAAGCCAGCAGUGCAAGGGGACAAAAUGAUGGGAGCUUUGAUGAUAGAAUGCUGACAUUUCGAGAUGCCUUUAACGUUUCAAUGUAUACCAAAAACGGUAUUGAUCAUGUUUGCAAAGUUCAUGGAUGGAAUCCAUCUGCAGGCUAUUCAGGAGUCAAGCUCGCGGUGAACCGACUGAUUUUGCUUGCACCCUUUACGUCAACGCAAGCCAUGGCGUCCAAAGUUGCAGCGUCGGCAAUAGGUGGAGGAAGUUUCUUGUCUCGUGCUGUCAGCGGCUUUGUUAGCAAGCAAAUCUCAUGGAACAACAAAACCCAGCUGGAGAGCCUGCUCUCAACUAUCAAGCAGCUACAAGAAACCACUCAGGUUCCUGUCUUCUCUAAUUUCCGCAUUAAAAUUCUUCAUGGAGACAAAGAUAGCGUCAUCCCUUGGACAAUGGGUUUUGAGCUCUUCAACGAGCUGGCUUCGCUUAAGAAACACUUGGAGCUUAAAAUACCCAUCAAUUUCCAGCGGCUCCACGGAGAAACGCACGCGACUAUCCUGUGUGGAGGAAGCGAGCAGUACAUUCUAGAGAGCUGCUUUAGCCCGUAUCGCCUGCACCCUGCUGCCCCAUUGGCUCUUUUGAAGUUCUAUUCAAAAGAAGUCCAUCUCCCGGAAACGCUCCCACAUAGAGGCCUCUACAACAGCUCGUUAGCAGAAGUUCGGGAAAUGAGCACGUUUGGGCCAAAGCAAUUUCCAAACACGCACCAACAGAUGCGUGCAAGUAACAGGCUUCACUCCCAUGGCAUUCAAAUGCAUGCACCAGCAGUUAACCCAGGCGGCAGCGGCGGUGGCAGCAACAGCAGCACAGCUUGCCAGCAGGCGUUUGUGAUUUCAAGGGCCAAUACAAUUGCAGGAGUUCCCUCGCAGCCCCAGGCCAUGUUACAGUUAAUGCACUCCCGAUCUACUGCUCUGGAGCUCCUGCAAGCGAGCGGACAAGGUAUCCAGCGCAUGACCCCCCAAAGCAGUAGCGCCUUCCAGUACAGCGGCGGCCGCAACUCGGGAAGCAGUGCUAUCGUUCUGAACUCGAGCAAAUUCAGCCACCAGUCCGCAUCAGUGCUUCCCGGUAAGGGUGUUGGCAUGACCCCCCACCCAUGCAGAGCACUGCGAGCAUAUUCAUCUGCAAGACAUACAGCUGGAUACUCGUCUGAGAGGCAUUUUGAUUAG